AAUAUCCAAAGCCUCCACCCAACUCAACCACAGAAAACUAAGCCCAUGGCCAUGGAGGAGUUCUCAGCUAAACCACACUCUCAGAAUUCAAACAUCUAACCUUCACAUAUCCACCAUAGCAGAUAUCAUCUUACCACUUCCAGAGCACUACACUCUUGUCUCUUUCCCCCCACCUCAAGUCAUACAUACAUACAGGUUAGUACAUGCCAGUUUGUAUAUAUCUGAGUUUCUUUUGCUUUUUCUCACAAGCAAUUCAACAGUCACCAAACAUGCACAAACCAAUUCAUUUAUGAAUUAUAAGACAUACCCUCUUUUGGUUACUCCUUUGUUUAUGGUAACAACUCCUUCAUGGCUGAGUUAAUCCUCUGUUCUUCUAGUGUUUGCUGUAGUAGUAUCACUUAUAGUUGUGCUCUCACUGAUAGUAAGGUAUAUGGUUUAAGCCACAAUGGGUUAGUAGGUGGAAGAAAUUGUAGAACUUUAAAGGUUUUUCCAUCUGGGUCUGGGGUGAAAUGGAAGAAGCAUAGGAAAAAACUAGUGAGUUUUUGUGGGUUUGUGAUGAGAAGUUCAAAUGGGGUGGGGGUGGCCAAGGCAAAGUCAAGAAAUUCAGUGUCUUCUGAGGAAGUUAUUGGCGUUUUAAAGUCGAUUUCGGACCCGAAUUGUGCUUUGUCUUACUUUAAGUCUAUUGCACAGUUGCCCAGUGUUGUGCACACCACUGAAACGUGUAAUUUGAUGCUUGAAGUCUUGAGGGUUCACAGGAGGGUGGAAGAUAUGGCUUUUGUGUUUGAUUUGAUGCAAAAGCAAAUCAUAUACAGGAAUUUGACAACCUAUUUGACUAUUUUUAAAGGCCUUUACAUAAGAGGUGGGAUUCGGCAAGCACCAGUUGCACUAGAAAAGAUGCAAAAAGCAGGCUUUGUUCUAAAUGCAUAUUCGUAUAAUGGGUUAAUCUAUUUGCUACUUCAAUCUGGGUUUUGUAGGGAGGCUUUGGAGGUUUAUAGAAGAGCAGUCUCCGAAGGAAAUAAGCCUAGUUUGAAGACUUACUCAGCGCUUAUGGUGGCAUUGGGGAAGAGAAGGGAUGUUGAAACCAUAAUGGAUUUGUUAAAAGAGAUGGAAAGUUUAGGGUUGAGGCCAAAUAUAUACACAUUCACUAUAUGCAUUAGAGCACUUGGAAGGGCUGGGAAAUUUGAUGAAGUGUAUGCAAUUCUUAAGAGAAUGGAUGAUGAGGGAUGUGGACCUGAUGUUGUUACUUACACAGUUAUCCUAGAUGCUCUUUGUAACACGGGGAAACUUGAUAAUGCCAAGCAAUUAUUUGCAAAGAUGAAAGCUACCAGUCAUAAGCCCGACCGAGUAACCUACAUUACUAUGCUGAACAAGUUUAGUGACUCCGGAGACUUGGAAACGUUUAAAGAAAUUUGGAGUGAAAUGGAAGUGGAUGGUUAUGCUCCUGAUGUUGUUACUUUUACCAUAUUUGUUGAUGCCUUAUGCAAAGCUGGGAACGUUGACAAAGCAUUUAGCAUAUUGGAUGUUAUGAAGAAGCAAGGGAUCUCACCAAAUCUUCAUACCUAUAAUACUUUGAUUUGUGGACUUUUAAGGGUAAGUAGGUUGGAUGAGGCAUUGAAGCUUUUCAGUGAUAUGGGAUCUUUGGGAGUUGAACCUACUGCUUAUACAUAUAUCCUCUUCAUUGACUACUAUGGAAAGUCAGGUGAUCCUACCAAAGCUUUUCAAACCUUUCAGGAAAUGAAAAUUCGAGGAAUUGUUCCUAAUGUUGUUGCUUGUAAUGCAUCUUUAUACAGCCUUGCUGAAAUGGGUAGGCUUGGAGAAGCAACAGAUAUAUUUAAUGGGCUUAAAAAUAGUGGGAUUGCUCCAGAUUCAGUAACUUAUAACAUGAUGAUGAAGUGCCACAGUAAGCUGGGCCAAGUAGACGAAGCUAUUAAAUUACUCUCUGAGAUGAUGGAAAACGAAUGUGAACCAGAUGUUAUUGUAAUUAAUUCUUUGAUUGACACACUUUACAAGGCUAACCGGGUUGAGGAAGCAUGGCAAAUGUUUUGCAGAAUAAAGGACAUGAAGCUUGCUCCUACAGUUGUGACCUACAAUACAUUAUUAGAUGGGCUAGGGAAGAAGGGUGAAGUCCAAAAAGCCAUCGAGUUGUUCGAGAGCAUGACUAGGCAUGGGUGUCCUCCAAACACAAUAACUUUCAACAUACUCCUGGAUUGUCUUGGCAAGAAUGAAGAGGUUGAUUUGGCCUUGAAAAUGCAUUUUGAGAUGACAACAAGGGACUGUGUUCCUGAUGUUUUGACCUACAACACUAUCAUUUAUGGCUUGAUUAAAGAAAAUAGAGUUAAUGAUGCAUUUUGGUUCUUUCAUCAAAUGAAGAAAUUUCUGUAUCCUGAUCAUGUGACUUUGUGCACCCUCCUUCCUGGAGUUGUAAAGGAUGGGCGGAUUGAGGAUGCUUUCAAGAUUGUCGAGGACUUUGUAUAUCAGGUUGGGGUUCAAACAGACAGGCCUUUUUGGGAAGAUUUAGUGGGAGGUCUUUUGACUGAAGCUGAAUUAGAUAAAGCCAUAUUAUUUGCUGAAAGAUUGGUGUGCAAUGGGAUUUGCCAAGAUGACUCAGUAUUGAUACCUUUUGUAGUGUUUUUGUGCAAGCGUAAGAAAGCCCUUGAUGCCCACAAUUUGUUUGUGAAAUUUACCAAAAAUCUGGGAGUUAAACCAACACUAGAAGCAUAUAACUGUUUGAUUGAUGGGCUUCUUGAAAUCCAUUGUACUGGAAAAGCUUGGGAUCUUUUUAAGGAGAUGAAGAGUAGUGGUUGUGCCCCAGAUGUUUUCACAUACAACUUGUUGCUUAAUGCUCAUGGAAAAGCUGGGAAGAUCAACGAACUUUUUGACCUGUACAAAGAGAUGCAUUGUAGGGGAUGCAAGCCUAACACCAUCACUCAUAAUAUUGCAAUCUCUGGUCUUGUGAAAUCUAAUAGUUUAGAUAAGGCUAUGAAUUUAUACUAUGAUCUCAUAAGUGGUGAUUUUUCUCCCACACCUUUUACAUAUGGUCCUCUCCUGGAUGGACUUUUGAAGUCAGGGAGACUGGAGGAAGCAAUGCGGUUCUUUGAAGAGAUGCUGGAUUAUGGAUGCAAACCUAAUUGUGCUAUUUACAAUGUUCUUAUAAAUGGAUUUGGGAAGACUGGUGACUUGGAAACUGCCUGUAAGUUGUUCAAAAGGAUGAUCAAAGAAGGUAUAAGACCGGACUUGAAGUCUUACACUAUUCUUGUGGAUUGCCUGUGCAUGGCAAGGAGAGUUGAUGAUGCCUUGCAUUACUUUGAGGAACUAAAGUUUUCUGGCAUUGAUCCUGACUUGGUCUCUUACAAUCUUAUAAUUGAUGGACUUGGAAGAUCACAGAGGUUAGAGGAAGCUCUCUCUCUUUUCAAUGAAAUGCGAAAUAAGGGCAUUACUCCUGAUCUUUACACUUAUAAUUCAUUAAUCUUCAAUCUUGGGAUUGUUGGAAUGGUGGAGCAAGCUGGGAAUAUGUAUGAAGAACUACAACUUAUAGGUCUUGAACCUGAUGUGUUCACCCAUAAUGCUCUCAUUCGAGGAUACUGUACGUCAGGAAACCCAGACCAUGCCUAUGCAGUCUACAAGAAAAUGAUGGUUCGGGGCUGCAGCCCUAACAAGGGAACAUUUGCACAGCUUCCUAAUCAGUCUUGACUUUAUUGAGAUACUCACGGGGCCACUCAACUGUAUAUGUUUGGUGAUCUCUGUACUUGAGGAAUACCAGCGAUGCUUUACCCUAACAGCAGUAAAUGGGUUUGGUCAGUACCAACUGACAAUGAAUGUUGUGGAAACAACUUUGUCCUGCUAUUAGAUGUAUCUGCAAGGUUGGUGGUAAGAAAUCUGUCCUGGUUUGGAACGGUUUUUAUAAUAUUUGGUCCUAAUAUAGAAGUUGCUUGUUAGGUCUGUUUGAAGUCUUCUAAAACUUUUGAGCCUGAGAACUGUGAGUAUCUUACUUUUGUAUGCUAUGUAUGUAAGAUAGUAAUGCAAUACAGUGAUUUUGAAGUGUAACUACUAUUUCUUGUAUCAUCAUUGACCUUGUCAUCAUUUUGUAAACUAAAGCAUUACAUUUAUGUUAUACUAUGUCUACACUACUUUUACUCUACCAUUAUCAAUUUGGACAUAUUUUAUCUUCUCCAACCCAUUAUGUGGCAUUAUGUGGUGAUUUAAAAUAGUAUUCUUGUGUGUGUGUGUGUUUUUUUUUCCUUUUUCUUUUUGGAACAAGUAUUCAUGUUACAGAUUAUUAAAUAGAUACAUGAAUGGUCACAUUAAAUAGAUAAUGUGAUAAAGGAAUUUUUCUCAAAACCUGUUUGGAGGAAAAUUCUAAUCUUUAAUUUAAAAUUUUAUAGGGACCAAUCAAAUCAUAUGUAAAUAUUGGCAUAUCGUUGUAGUAUGUGCUAUUGUAAAGAAGAAUCUAUGGAUCGCCUGCUGAUUUUUUGUCCGGUAGUUCAUUCUAUGUGGAUGUAUAUGCUUGAGUUGUUUGGGAUUGAUUGGGUCAUGCCAGGUUCAGUUGCAGACUUAUUAUUUUGUUGGUAUCAUUGGCUUGGGAAAUUUAAUUCUUAUAUUUGGAAUUUGGUUCUAGGCUGUUUGAUGUGGACUAUUUGGGCUAAAUUUAAUCGGCUUUUUUUUCAGAUAUUGAGAAAUCUCUAGCUUAGUUGUUAAAUUCGUGCCAAUAGACUCUCUUUGAUUGGUCUCGAUGUUGGGGUCUCUUGGAUUGUUUUGUUCUUAUGGAUUUUCUUUUGUCUCUUGGAAUAGUUUAGUGAUUGUUUGUUCCUAUUUGUUUCUGUUUGCUCCUUGUUCAUUAUCGUGAACUCUGUGUAUCUUUCCUUCUAUUCAUUUUUUAAUAAUAUUUUCUUUCUUACCUAUCAAAAAAAAAAAAAAGAGUGUUUCAUAUCACUUGAGAAAUUAUUUGUGCUUAAAUAAAGUUUGUUCCCCGGAGCACCGCAUCACUCUAGUCCAAUGGUCCUCUCAACCAAUAAGAAACCUUCAUCUGUGCUUAAAUUUCUGAGUCAGAUCCUAAUAAAGCAUGACAAGGAAAAUCCAAUUCUGUUUAACACCGUUGGAAUGAAUGUUUGAGCAUUUUCAGAAUAACUCAGAAAAAUUUUAAUCUCAAAAUUCAAAUCUGUCUCUGUUGGAGUGUCAGAUCACCCUCUUCUCCAAAUGAUUCCUAAUUCUCUCACAUCCAAAAUUUCAAAUCAAACCCAGCAACCCAAGCAUGAGUUCCGCAAGGUCAGUCAAAGUAGCCGAGACAAGCCCAAGCUUUCACGUCCAUCUCCAGUUUUUGAGUGUAUCAGUAUCAGCACUCCCAUUUACUGAGUUGUCCAUCAGGCACAUCAAAGAUGGGAGCACUCUAAGUAUGAUAGGGGUCAUCCAAUGCCAUGAUAAUGUGCCUGUGAUUAUUCAACCAGUAGAGCCUAUCUCAACAGGCUUCCAGUGGAUAAAUUGUCUCUUCCCUACCUAUGCUGCAGGACAAAUUUUGACGUGGGAUGAUAAUCAAUAUCUGAUAUGGUUCUGGUUGCAUUUCAUCAAAUGUUUUUAUGAUGUUCCAAGUAAAAUAUUUGGAGGACAGAACCGAAAAGAAUAUGCUACACUGCCUGGUCGCUCUGUUUUUUCAUGUCCAAAGUUUUAAGUUGCAAAGUAUGAAGCUGAAGAUUGUCUUGGAAGAGAUGAAGAGAAUGGAUCUGAAGAUUGUGUAAUAAUCAAUAAACUCCACUUGGAGGUUAAAGAUUCCAUAAGGAUUCUAAUUGCUAAUGGAGAUAAUGGGGAAAAACGAUUUCCACUAGCAAGAAGCUAGAAGAUGUGUUGUGAGGAGGAAGCACAUUUUGAUUUUUGCUAAUUUCAUAUGUAAAUAAGUAAAUUCAAUUUCCCUAAGUAGUUCAGAAAAGUUUGUUACUCCCAAUUCUGGCUUGGAAUGUAGAAUUAUCAGUAUCAUGUUUUAACAUUUGGCUAUAUUUGUUUGUUAAUAGAGAUCCCAUCAAUGUCCA